GCAAUGCUGCGACAUCCAAAGUGGCCUCCACACUAAGGAGCAGAACAACACUGUUGCUACCUCCACUAACAAUGCUCUCGCCGUCGCCGCCGCCUUCCGCCGCGUCCCCCACCAAAACAACGCUACCAUCCUCCCUCUCCACCGCACCUUCCAAGCCCUCAUUCCACCACUUCCCUAUCUCUUCCACAUCCUCGAACUCUCACACACUUCACAGCAUAAUGUCCCGUUCCAAUUCCAAGUGGUUCUUCUCCUCCGGGAACACCACAACACCGAUUGCCAUAUCGGAAAUGACCCGAACCGAAAAUCCGGAACCCGAAUCCGACGUGGAUGAGUCUCUGGUGGUGGUUUCGUUCUACAAGUUCGCGGAUUUCUCUGACCAUGCAGCUAUGAGGAAACCCUUGAAGGAGCUUUGCCAACAACUUCGUGUUUCAGGCGGUAUUAUUCUUGCGCCUGAAGGGAUCAAUGGCAGCAUAUGUGGCACUCGGGAGUCGGUGGAGAAAGUUCUUGCAUUCAUACAAAGUGAUGACCGAUUGAAAGGGCUAAGACGGGUUGAAUCGCCUGUUAGUCCCGAGGAGGAAGCCAUUCACCAUGGACACAGUGCCAGUUCUCCUCUUGCUGCAGGGGAAGAUGCACCUUUCCGGUGGGAUCAUGUGAGGGUCAAAUUGAAGAAAGAGAUUGUCACUCUUGGGAUGCCUAGCGUAUCACCUAUUGAAAAGGUUGGGAAAUAUGUUGGCCCGAAAGAGUGGAAUACUUUGAUUAGUGAUCCAGAUACGGUUGUGAUUGAUGUGAGGAAUAACUACGAAACCAGAAUAGGAAAGUUUAAAGGAGCAGUUGAUCCAUGUACUUCAUCAUUUCGAGAAUUCCCCUCUUGGGUGGAGGAGCAUUUCCAGCUUACUGGAUGUGGGCUUCCGGAAGUUGAGGUAGACAAUUCAAUCAAAAGUGAUGAAAGUGAAAUGGAGAAUCCAAAACAAAAUAUGCCAAAACGUGUUGCAAUGUAUUGCACCGGAGGUAUCCGAUGCGAGAAAGCAACAAGUCUACUUCUCAGAAAAGGUUUCAAAGAGGUCUUUCACCUUGAAGGUGGAAUCCUGAAAUAUCUUGAGGAAGUUCCAGAGAAACAAAGCCUCUGGGAGGGUGAGUGCUUUGUCUUCGACAAGCGAGUCUCCGUUGAGCACGGAUUGGUGCCAGGAAACUUCAAGCUCUGCUAUGGUUGCAAGCAGCCUGUGAGUGAUGCUGACAUGGAAUCCCCUGAGUAUGAAUAUGGAGUUUCUUGUCCUUACUGCUUUUCGUCAAAAUCAGAAGAAGAGAAGGAGAGGGCUCGUGCGCGACAACGACAAUUUGAGAGAUGGGGAAUCAUAGGUGGUCCGGAUAAGGGUCGCCGGCCAUCAAGUAAACCGGACAGUGGCUGUGCGAAACCAAACCAGCUUUCACGUUCUGCCUAAGAUCUUUGAUAUUGUUUUUGGGACCAAUGUUUAGGCCAUCUGUCUAAUUGUUUUCCUUUUGCUUCCUCCCUUAAAUGUGUUCAAAGUGCAUGAAACCAACUAUAGAUGUAUGUUUUAAUUUUUGAAGUAUGAUUAAAUUUGAGAUAACUUUUUUGGU